AUGGUGAUAAUCGGAGCCCUCCUUGUGCUGCUACCAAGCUUCAUUACCGCAUUCCCGGCGUUGCAAUCGCCCGUCACUAGCGGCGUGCAAGCGCAGCUAGAUCCUUACACAGCACUCGGGAAACCUCGCAUCACAUUCAAAGAGGAUGGAACUUUCAAACUAACCGUGUUCUCCGACCUUCACUUUGGAGAAAAUCCAGAAGGCCCCUGGGGAGAGGUUCAAGAUUCGAAUAGCACCAGAUUGAUGAAGAGGGUGCUGCGAGACGAGAAACCAGACUAUGUGGUACUGAACGGCGACCUCCUGACUGGAGAGAACACUCACAGGGAAAACUCCACUCGACUCAUUGAUCGCAUUGUUAAACCGCUGAACCACGCCAAAGUGCCAUUCUCUUCCACUCACGGGAACCAUGACAAUGACGUGAACAUCACACACAUCGAAGAGAUCCUACGAGAGCAGAAGCGAGCUCCGCUCAGCUACACGAGGCUUGCUCCAAAGGGCGUUGGAGGACUGCAAGGUGAAGGGAACUAUUGGGUUCCGGUUUACCGCUCCAAGUAUGAUUGGUCGCCGUCGCUAAUCCUCUGGUUCUUCGACUCUCGAGGAGGCAGAACGCUUGCUUCUCCUGGAAACUCCUCAUCAUCGGUGGUCCCAAUCCCAGACUGGGUCGACAACUCCGUUGUACCCUGGUUAAAGAACCAGCUCACGUUGAUGGAAACAAUCUGGGGUCCGUCAAAACACAUUCGCAGCGCUCUCGCGUUCAUGCAUAUUCCCCCAUACGCCAUCAAAGCCUUGCAAUCGGGCUUGGACAGCAAGAAGAAUCCAGGACAGAAUGGCGAGUCUGACCAUUUGGGCGACGGAUCGGUUCAAAACCCUCAAGAUGAGCCGUUCUGGAAUGCCCUGACCAAGAUCCCGAACCUGAGGGCAAUCGUCUCAGGACACGACCAUGGUAAUGAAUGGUGCGCACGCGAACCAGAGAAAGACGUGAUAUUCUGCUUCGACAAGCAUUCAGGGUAUGGAGGGUAUAGUAAAGAUGGGUGGGGACACGGCGUUCGAAAUUUUGUAUUCCGCGAUGCCAAUCCGCGUUCGCCCAUCGAUACUUGGAUUCGCUUAGAAGAAGGGGAGAUACGGGCAAAGGUUGUAUUGGAUGACAAUUAUGGCCGCUGA